GGUCGCUGCCCGAGUGUCCUGCGGCUGUAAAGCCAUAGCUGCGGGGGCCAUGAUCCAAAUACAUCUGUAUCGACGUCCUGUGGCCAGAGUGGGGCUGGCACUCUGAGCGCUCGCUUGUUCCCACUUUGUUUCUGGCAGCACCAAACAAGAGGCGGGUCACUUGAAGUUUGGGUGAUGUCCCAGAUCGCUUGUGGAGUAUUCUAAACUGUUUGGCUGACCUCGUCUGGGCUGCAUGACCCGAGGAGAUUUGAGUCACCACCGGCAGUCUGUCCAUGCUGCAGCAAGGUAAACCACGCGCCGCGGCUGAGGAUUCAAUGGCUCAAUGAUUCGUACGAGUCUGUGAUUUGUUUGCAAAUACAUGAUGGCGUUUCUGCCUCCAGUCACAAUGGCAGAGUGAAGAUGGGUGACUGGAACUUUCUCGGGGGGAUCUUGGAGGAGGUGCAUAUCCAUUCCACCAUGAUGGGCAAGAUCUGGCUCACCAUCCUCUUCAUCUUCCGCAUGCUGGUCCUCGGCGUGGCAGCAGAGGACGUGUGGAACGACGAGCAGACCGACUUCAUCUGCAACACGGAGCAGCCCGGAUGCAGGAACGUCUGCUAUGACUUGGCCUUCCCCAUCUCCCUCAUCCGCUACUGGGUCCUUCAGGUCAUCUUCGUCUCCUCGCCGUCGCUGGUUUACAUGGGCCACGCCCUGUACAGGCUCCGGGCUUUGGAGAAGGCGAGGCAGAAGAAGAAGGCCCUCCUUCGGAAGGAGCUGGAGUUUGUGGGGGACGACUUGGCCGAGGAGAAGAAGCGGAUUGAGCGGGAGAUGAAGCAACUGGAUCAGGGGAAGCUGAACAAGGCUCCCCUGAGAGGCUCGCUGCUCCGGACUUAUGUCGCGCACGUCAUCACCCGUUCCAUUGUGGAAGUGCUUUUCAUGACUGGCCAGUAUCUCCUCUACGGCUUCCAUCUCUACCCUCUGUUCAAGUGCGAGCGAGAGCCGUGCCCCAACUCUGUCGACUGCUACGUUUCCAGACCAACAGAGAAGAGCGUCUUCAUGGUGUUCAUGCAGUGCAUCGCGGGAAUCUCCCUCUUCCUCAACAUCCUGGAAAUCAUACACUUGAGUUACAAGAGACUGAAGAAGGGCAUUUUGGACUUCUACCCUCACUUGAGAGAGGAGAGAGAUGAGCUUGAGGAUUACAUGGCGAGCAAGUCAAAGAAGGAAUCUGUGGCGCAAAUAUGUGUCAACCGGAAGGCCACGGCGGUUUCAGCGCCCGGCGAUUUUACCAUCUGGUCAGACAAAACCACAAACGUUUUCCCAAACCUGAUCCGACCCUCAGAGCUGCCCUUUCAAGGAGCAGCUCAGGGGAACUUGGAAGGAGCCCAAGUUGUGGCCGAAAGUCCAACGGCGUACGUGUGCGAGUCGACCACCAUCGAGCCGUGCUCUCUGUGUCGCGACUACAUGAUCGACGCUCAGCAAGAUCUCGAGGACUUGACAAGGGUUUCCCCGAGCAGUAAAGAGAACGGCAGCCCGGACAGAUGCCCCCUGCGGAGCUCCAUCGGGACCUCAUUCCCCACGUUGCCGGUGAGCUCGGCUAAAAAACCCUGGCGGGCGCAAGGUUCCUACCACUGCUCCACAGUGCCUGAAGGGAAAAGCUCUGACACAGACUCGUAUGGAGGAGUGGACACAGGAUGUGGGGUGGUGCUGACACAGACUAAAUCGGACGGCAAACAUUACACUCAGCCGCCCACCCCAGAGUCCCAGGAGAACUACAGCUCAGAGUCAGAGCAUCAGCUCAGGCCACCGUCCUCUUCCAUGGCUAGUAUCGCAAGCAGCAGGCGAGCCUCAGACCUGCAAAUCUGAACCUCGGAACACCCUUCAGUAGAUUAAAAUCUGUGACUGAGAUGAGGAAAAUGGGCACAACAGCUGUCAGUUCUGCACAGUAGUGACCCCAAAAUGCAUUUUGAUGAUGUUUUACAAACAGGGAGUGAAACGCCAAUCGACAAAAAGCACAGAAAUUGAUAAAAACAUGAGGCUGCCAUCAUCUUCUUGUGUGGCCUAUAUUCCCUUCACGUUUCCAUGACCUGCUGUCAUGUGAAGGAGCCAAAUGUUUGCCAACCUUUCAAUAACUUGCUCAUAUCUCAAUCGCAGCUGCACCAUUUCAACAUUUUGUAAUUCAUUUUUUAUUUAUUUUUAUUCCAAAGUUGCUUUUCUUUGAACAGGAUGUUUAAUAAAUGUGUUUGUACAGGAUGAAAUCUAUA